AUGUCGUCGACGUCAGGAAACAACUCUGGACAUCAAAGAGCAAACAACUCUAGAUCUCAGCAACAACAAGAGUCGCUGCAAUCAACAUCCUCCUACUUGGCCUACCCCGUUACCCAUGUUGUCUCCGGGAUCUAUCGACGGCUUACAGAGCCAGGUUCGCCGCCGUCGUCUCUUUCCCACCGGUCCCUCAACCCCAUGAGCAACUCGGCCGUUUUUACUCCCCCACGCCGCACUGCUUCACCGUUCCACCCACCGCCACUGACGCCGCUCACACUCGAAUCUUCCUCUUCAGACGUUUCGGACAGGCUCCUCACACGGUCGUUAGCUGAAGAAAUAAGACUGCUCGUUCCUCCUCGCCUCCAGCUCGUGGAUACAUGGAAGCUGGUAUAUAACCUCGACCGCGACGGUGCAUCUCUGUCUACGCUCUAUGAUAAAUGCCGAGAGCACUCAGAUAAAAGUCAACGCGCUGGAUAUUUGCUUGUCGUCCGUGACGCCUCAUCUUCUUCAUUUUCUGGGGUCGGGAAUACCAACUCUCCUGGCGGGGCUACGGGCGGUGGUUCAUUAUUUGGUGCAUAUCUUACGGAUCCGCCGCAUCCUGACUCUCACUAUUAUGGGACAGGUGAAUGUUUCCUCUGGCGGGCCAGUGCUCUUUCGUCUACCCCGGUGAUACCAGCUACCAUGACAAAUGGGAGGAAUACAAUGCCUGGGCAGUCGUUGCGUGAGAGCUUGGAACGAGCAGGUCUGCCUCCGCCUCCAAGUGCGGACACCUCCAAUAUCCGUGGAAGGAAUACAACUUUUAGAGGUGAGGCUGAGCCCAUUGAUGCUGCAAUUAAUGUGGGAAAUCGUCCGCUCCAAGCUCCUUCUACAGAGGGAGAAGAUAGGCCCAAUGGCUCGCCCAUCUCAGAUACACAGGCUAGAGCCAGCCCAGUCGCUAACUCCAGAGCAGGUGGUAGCAGAAGCGGUACCCAUACUCCAGAACACAUAAGAUUUAAAGCGUUCCCAUACAGCGGGGUUAAUGAUUAUAUGAUAUUUUGUGAGACUGGCUUUCUCAGUGUAGGAGGAGGGGAUGGACACUAUGGUUUAUGGCUUGAUGAUUCGUUUGAGAAAGGUGUAUCCAGCCCUUGCCUUACCUUUGGGAAUGAACCACUUAGCGACGAAGGAACGAAGUUUGACAUCCUAUCCGUUGAGUGCUCAGUUUGA